GAAAGGUAUAAUAUUACGCGAAUUUAGAAAGUUAGAAUAUUAUGUGCUAUAUUCAAAUAAAAUAAAAAAUUAUCUCAGCCAGUAUAUACAUGCAUUAUGUAACAGAUGGGUUUACCAUACCAUCUAUUGCUCAUUAAAGCAGCAUAAGUUUGGGAUAAAAUGUUCUUGUUUACCAUUAUGCACUGAGGCAUGGUUAAAAGGUAAAUAUUCUCAACCAACAUGGAACAGGCCUUUUUGUUUGCAAAGAGGUAAAAGGGCGGAAAAGAAAAAGGAUCUGAACCGGUUUCCAUGUCAAACACUUCAAUUCUCCAUAGAAACUCUGAUCUUAACGCAGAAACUUUAUUAAACCUUGAUGGUGGAUUGAUAAGGCCGGAUUUCUAUCGGUUCCUUUUUAUUGUGGAGACGGGGAGGGAUGACAGAGGUAAAUUGCUCUUUUAAUUAAACCAAUGCACCGAAGGAAAUUGCUGUCUGAAUAUUGUCUCAGAGAUGGGGCUUGUGACAGUUGCCUGGAAACUUCAAUCUGUCUCGCAUUUAUUCCAGAUCACAGUUUUGAGAUAAAGUUUAAUAAAAAUCUUGGCGCCAAUGAAAGCCUACCCUUUCACGUCCUCCACCGCCACCACAAUGCGACAGAACUGCGGAGGAAGCCUUAUGUUUAACAUGUAUCUCUCAGACCCUACAGAAAAUCUUUUGAAGGAAAGCAAAAGCUCUUCUUGGACCCCCAUCAACACAGGAGUGCAAAAAGGAAGUGGACAAAUCCAGCUAUGGCAAUUUCUUCUGGAGCUGCUGUCAGACAGCGCCAAUAUGACCUGCGUCGCCUGGGAGGGCACCAAUGGAGAAUUUAAACUGAUAGACCCAGACGAGGUGGCCAGACGGUGGGGGGAGCGCAAGAGUAAACCGAACAUGAACUAUGACAAACUGAGCCGAGCUCUGCGCUAUUACUACGACAAAAACAUCAUGACCAAGGUGCACGGAAAGCGAUACGCGUACAAAUUUGACUUUAACGGGCUGGCGCAAGUGUGCCAGCCCUCCUCAACCGAACAAGCUAUUUACAAAUUCCAGAGCAACUUCGCUCCCCUCCAGUUUUCAGGCAUUUCCAAACUCAGUCUGGUUGCUCCAGGUGCUGGUCCGUCGGGGUUCUCAUACUGGCCCGGAUCUCCUCCGACCCUCUAUCACAGCCACAACCUGCAACCGCCAGGACCCUUCGGUGCCAUGUCUGCGUCACAUAUAAGUUGCGUUAACAAUAUCAACAGUUUAAAUAACCUGAAUAAUAUCAGUAGUCACUAUAACUGAUUUUUUUCAUUUGCCACAGGAGUGCGCGCUGAUAGACUACAUAAGGCUAAUAGGGCCCAUUCAAAGGCGCAACUGAUUUCAACAUUGUAGACUAAUAUUCCAAUCAUACCCCAGAUAAGAAAAAAAAGUGAAAAGGCCUUUAUUCGAUUGAAAGGAUAAUUUGGGAAUAACAUUUGGUGGAUUGUUAAUGUUGAUCGCUUUAAGAUAAGAAAGCAAUUUAGCGCCAUCUUAUGGAACAUAACACUAUCACUGGUUAAUUCGACAUUAAAAUCAGCUGGUUCUUCGUAGUCUGCAGAAGUGAAGAGAAAAUUAACGCAAUGUUGGAGAAAAGUCUACAUGGUAUGAGAACAAAUGGUCAGAAG